UCUUUUGUACUGGGGAAGGAGUUAGCCGGCGAGUUUAAGGGUUACACUGGCAAAAUUCACUGCCUGUUUCAAUUGGCUUUACUGGCUCGAGUACUGUUCGCACCUAUUCUAAAUUCUACAUCCAUUCUUCUUUACUUUAACAUAUAUCAAGAAAAAAAUAGCGGAAACGGAAACAUCAUUCAAAAACUGGACUCGGGGGUUUUGUGUUAUUACAAGUAACGAAUUCAGACGACAGUAAAGGGGAACGGAUCAGCAGAAAGGUAAACAUGUCAGGAACAUCUGAUUGUGCAGUUCUCAACACUGGGCGGAAGAUGCCUCUGAUUGGUCUUGGUACUUGGAAGAGCGAGCCUGGCAAGGUAAAAGAGGCCGUCCGCUCUGCCCUGGAGGUUGGUUAUCGUCACAUCGACUGUGCCGCAGUAUAUGGAAACGAGACAGAAAUUGGGGAGGCUUUUAAAGAGCUUUUGGGAUGCGACAAGGCAAUUAAGCGGGAAGAUGUGUUUGUGACUUCCAAGUUAUGGAACACCCAUCACCAUCCAGAAGAUGUGGAACCUGCUCUUCUGAAGACUCUGAAAGACCUGCAGUUGGAUUAUUUAGACCUGUACCUCAUUCACUGGCCAUACGCCUUUCAGCGAGGGGAUGUCUUCUUCCCAAAGAGCGAGGAUGGUUCAGUAAUUUAUGAUUUUACUGAUUAUAAAGAGACCUGGAAGGCUAUGGAGAAGCUUGUUGAAAAGGGACUUGUGAGAGAUAUUGGUCUGUCAAAUUUCAACAGCCGCCAGAUUGAUGACAUUAUCAGCAUUGCUAAGGUCAAGCCUGCCGUUUUACAGGUUGAAUGCCAUCCUUAUCUUGCACAAAAUGAGCUACUGGAACACUGCCGUGACAGACAGCUAAUCAUGACUGCUUACAGCCCGCUUGGUUCUCCAGACAGAGCAUGGAAACAUCCUGAGGAGCCUGUUUUGCUAGAGGAGGCAUCUAUCAAGAUGCUGGCUGAAAAGUAUGGCAAAACUCCAGCACAGAUUAUCCUUAGGUGGCAGACACAGCGCGGAGUAGUGACCAUUCCCAAGAGUGUCACUCCAUCACGGAUACUACAGAACAUCCAGGUAUUUGACUUUACUUUGUUAGACGAUGAGAUGAAAACAAUGGCAAAUAUCAACAAAAACUGGCGGUAUAUAGUGCCCAUGAAGACAGUGGAUGGAAAGUCAGUCCCAAGGGAUGCAGGGCAUCCCUACUAUCCAUUUAGUGAUCCCUAUUGAAGUCGCCUUGGUGGCCUUUGCUAUGCCUUGAGUCCAUCAAAAGCUGCACCGAUUCCUUCUCAUUGCCUUAUUCUGCUCAGUGGCUGCAUCAGUCAUUAAAACAGUUUUUCUUUUUU